GGAGGGCUCCAUUAUCUGGGAGGAGGCUUUUGUGCUAAUAUGAAAAGUGAUCCUUCUCCCCGCCUCCCAAGGGAAGGAUGUGGAAUGUGUGAGACUCAGAUGUGUGGGAGUCUGGCCCAGGGUUAUUUUUGUUUCCAUUAACAUUCUCUUCUAUAUGUAUUUUAACCUUAAUCAAAUGCAUGUGUUUUUGUUUUAUUUGCACUUAGUUCAUCAAAAUGUCCCUUAUGAUCUGAACUAUGCCAUAAGCCUAAGCUCCACAGUGAAACACUCAUUAAUACCCCUGGGAAACAGGAAGUUGCAUUUAGUCAAAUGUAAAUAAAUUCAGCUCCCCGGGGCUUUGCCCUGGCCUGGGUCAGAGAAGAGGACAGUGGCUUCUCAGUCCAUCUCAUCAUUGUUCCCCCCCACCGACCCUAAAACUGAGCUGGAAGAAUGACAUGCCAUGACUCUCAACAGAUAAAGUGUUCUGAAAAUGUGCCUAUCCUUUGUUCAAAACCGUUAUAACGUCAAGUGCAGUUUUACAAAGAAAUGAGUUUCUCUUGCUUUGGCUCAAUCAUCGGAUAUCGUUCCAGAUUUUUUCCCACCCCCCGCCAAUGCUCUGAAACCAGGCAGUGCAGGCAAGAAGCAAGAAAGAGAGAAAAAAGAGAUGUAAACGUAAACCACCUCACCAAAGACGCCGUGUGAGCCGUGGUUAAGAGGUUUCCAUCUCCCCCAUCUCUCUCACCCUCUCACUGACUCUCCUACUGCACACAUGGAACCAAUUAUGAACAAAGCCCAAUUGUUGUAUAUUUGGAAUUUCCCACAUCAACUUGAUGCUUUCUUUAACUGACUCGCGAUGUGUGUCUGCGUUGGAGGGCUGAACCCAGGUUUCCAGCCCGUGCGCUGCUGCCGCCGCCGUGGCACCCUUCGCCUCUUUCUUCUGAUUCAUUUUCUCAUAGUAUAAAACUCUGCUUCUUUCCUUCGCACCCCACCCCCAUUUCCUAUUAGGUGUGUUUGAAUAAACAGAACCUUCAUUUCCGUCAUUUUCAAUGAAGUAAGCACACUGGUCUGCAGACAGUGUCUCAAAGCUGGUGCCCAGAGCGUAUGAGUGGUAUCAAGGUUGAUACCAAAAAACCAUGGGAUGACUACAAAGGAAAUGGCCAUGCCUUUCAUAAAACUCAGAACAGACAGAAGCAGUGUAUGUAGAAAUGCUUUAAAAAGAAAAAGAAAAAAAAACCCAAACAUACCCCAUAUCCUGGAAGCACCUUACUUGAUUUUCUUUGUAGUAAUUUUUUCUGCUAUGCAAAUAAGCCGAUUUCAGGAGGAGUAGAGAUGGGGGAGGUAGGGGAAAAUAUUACAGAAAAGUUAACGUGUGAGACCAUUUAUGCCAUCCAUCAAAGAAGGCUGUGUGAUCUGAAAUUACACAAUAUGAUCAGAAAAUAAUUGACAGACGUGAUGGAUGAAUCUGCUUCGACACAGCCUUGUAAAACGAAACAUAAUUUCUUCUUGUUUACUGGCACACAUAAAAAUAAAUGUUCUAUAACACAAACAUUUAAAUGAGAAGGUGCCAAACACAAGCCUGUUCGAUUUGAUUUGAUUCAUCUGAACCAUGUGAUUGCAACAGUUUCUUCGUCUUUCCCUCAUACUUUCUCUCUGUGGACUGUAUUCACAUAUACAGUGAGUAAUACCCGUGCGUUUAUUUUUAUGCGUUAGAAAGCAGGAAGGGUAAACAGAUACGCAUGUCUGAUGCUCAGUUUUAUAGAUAGAAUUUAUGAUUGCAAAGAGGUCCCUGAUGUGUUCUGUCUGUGGUCUUCAGAUAUUGUUCCUCCGUUCAGAAGGGAGUGAAAUCAGAAUGUAGGAUUCUGCAUUAAUCUCCACUCCAGAUGGUGAUAUUCCAAAUAGUCUUUUUAAGGUGAGCAUGUGACCUACUGUACGGCCGAGGGGCUUGGGAGUCACGUGAUGGAAUGAAUAAUACGUCUGAUAGAGCUUUGAUUAGACAACUGACCUGAUUACCAUCUGCAGCCACGAGAAGCAAAGUUGACAUUUCUGGAUCACUCUCCCCAGACGCGUCACUUGCCCACAAGCGGGACACGGCAGUCUCGCUGAGCCAGCUGUGCAGAGGGACAGAUGGAAGAAAGCUAGAGAUGCUGCUUCGUGCGCGCUGAAGUUGCAGAACUUGGGCUGGUUUUCUUUCUUCCCAUCCCCGCUCCUCCUGACAAACCACAUCUUGACUCAGAUGGUCGAAAGAAAAACUCUUUCAGUUAUUUGAUAUUUGGGAACCCUCCAGGAGACCAUAACUUAUUUUUGAGGGAGGCUCCUUCUCUCCCUUUGCUGGGAACACACACACACACACACACACACACACACACACACACACACAGCUGUACACCAUGGUGGUUCAGGCUGCAGUGGCUCCGAAUAGAUCCCAAAGACUUUUACUGAAAAUUCCUUAUGGAUCUCUGAGAAGGCGCAGCGUUGAAAGGAUGACGGAGGGCCGCCGAUGUCAAGUACAUCUUCUUGAUGACAGGAAGCUGGAACUCCUAGUACAGCCCAAGCUGUUGGCCAAGGAGCUUCUUGACCUUGUGGCUUCUCACUUCAAUCUGAAGGAAAAGGAGUACUUUGGAAUAGCAUUCACAGAUGAAACGGGACACUUAAACUGGCUUCAGCUAGAUCGAAGAGUAUUGGAACAUGACUUCCCUAAAAAGUCAGGACCCGUGGUUUUAUACUUUUGUGUCAGGUUCUAUAUAGAAAGCAUUUCAUACCUGAAGGAUAAUGCUACCAUUGAGCUUUUCUUUCUGAACGCGAAGUCCUGCAUCUACAAGGAGCUUAUUGACGUUGACAGCGAAGUGGUGUUUGAAUUAGCUUCCUAUAUUUUACAGGAGGCAAAGGGAGAUUUUUCUAGCAAUGAAGUUGUGAGGAGUGACUUGAAGAAGCUGCCAGCCCUUCCCACCCAAGCCCUGAAGGAGCACCCUUCCCUGGCCUACUGUGAAGACAGAGUCAUUGAGCACUACAAGAAACUGAACGGUCAGACAAGAGGUCAAGCAAUCGUGAACUACAUGAGCAUCGUGGAGUCUCUCCCAACCUACGGGGUUCACUAUUAUGCAGUGAAGGACAAGCAGGGCAUACCGUGGUGGCUGGGCCUGAGCUACAAAGGGAUCUUCCAGUAUGACUACCAUGAUAAAGUGAAGCCAAGAAAGAUAUUCCAAUGGAGACAGUUGGAAAACCUGUACUUCAGAGAAAAGAAGUUUUCCGUGGAAGUUCAUGACCCACGCAGGGCUUCAGUGACAAGGAGGACGUUUGGGCACAGCGGCAUUGCAGUGCACACGUGGUAUGCAUGUCCGGCAUUGAUCAAGUCCAUCUGGGCUAUGGCCAUAAGCCAACACCAGUUCUAUCUGGACAGAAAGCAAAGUAAGUCCAAAAUCCAUGCAGCACGCAGCCUGAGUGAGAUCGCCAUCGACCUGACCGAGACGGGGACGCUGAAGACCUCGAAGCUGGCCAACAUGGGCAGCAAGGGGAAGAUCAUCAGCGGCAGCAGCGGCAGCCUGCUGUCUUCAGGUUCUCAGGAAUCAGAUAGCUCGCAGUCGGCCAAGAAGGACAUGCUGGCUGCCUUGAAGUCCAGGCAGGAAGCUCUGGAGGAAACCCUGCGUCAGAGGCUGGAGGAACUGAAGAAGCUGUGUCUCCGAGAAGCUGAGCUCACGGGCAAGCUGCCAGUAGAAUAUCCCCUGGAUCCAGGGGAGGAACCACCCAUCGUUCGGAGAAGAAUAGGAACAGCCUUCAAACUGGAUGAACAGAAAAUCCUGCCCAAAGGAGAGGAAGCUGAGCUGGAACGCCUGGAACGAGAGUUUGCCAUUCAGUCCCAGAUUACGGAGGCCGCCCGCCGCCUAGCCAGUGACCCCAACGUCAGCAAAAAACUGAAGAAACAAAGGAAAACCUCGUAUCUGAAUGCACUGAAGAAACUGCAGGAGAUUGAAAAUGCAAUCAAUGAGAACCGCAUCAAGUCUGGGAAGAAACCCACCCAGAGGGCUUCGCUGAUCAUAGACGAUGGAAACAUUGCCAGUGAAGACAGCUCCCUCUCAGAUGCCCUUGUUCUUGAGGAUGAAGACUCUCAGGUUACCAGCACAAUAUCCCCCCUACAUUCUCCUCACAAGGGACUCCCUCCUCGGCCACCGUCGCACAACAGGCCUCCUCCUCCCCAGUCCCUGGAGGGACUCCGACAGAUGCACUAUCACCGCAACGACUAUGACAAGUCACCCAUCAAGCCCAAAAUGUGGAGUGAGUCCUCUUUAGAUGAACCCUAUGAGAAGGUCAAGAAGCGCUCCUCUCACAGCCAUUCCAGCAGCCACAAGCGCUUCCCCAGCACAGGAAGCUGUGCGGAAGCCGGCGGAGGAAGCAACUCCUUGCAGAACAGCCCCAUCCGCGGCCUCCCGCACUGGAACUCCCAGUCCAGCAUGCCGUCCACGCCAGACCUGCGGGUCCGGAGUCCCCACUACGUCCAUUCCACGAGGUCGGUGGACAUCAGCCCCACCCGACUGCACAGCCUCGCACUGCACUUUAGGCACCGGAGCUCCAGCCUGGAGUCCCAGGGCAAGCUCCUGGGCUCGGAAAACGACACCGGGAGCCCCGACUUCUACACCCCGCGGACUCGUAGCAGCAACGGCUCAGACCCCAUGGACGACUGCUCGUCGUGCACCAGCCACUCGAGCUCGGAGCACUACUACCCGGCGCAGAUGAACGCCAACUACUCCACGCUGGCCGAGGACUCGCCGUCCAAGGCGCGCCAGAGGCAGAGGCAGAGGCAGCGGGCGGCAGGCGCACUGGGCUCAGCCAGCUCGGGCAGCAUGCCCAACCUGGCGGCGCGCGGGGGUGCGGGGGGCGCAGGGGGCGCGGGGGGCGGUGUGUACCUGCACAGCCAGAGCCAGCCCAGCUCGCAGUACCGCAUCAAGGAGUACCCGCUGUACAUCGAGGGCGGCGCCACGCCCGUGGUGGUGCGCAGCCUGGAGAGCGACCAGGAGGGCCACUACAGCGUCAAGGCUCAGUUCAAGACGUCCAACUCCUACACGGCGGGCGGCCUGUUCAAGGAGAGCUGGCGCGGCGGCGGCGGCGACGAGGGUGACACGAGCCGCCUGACGCCGUCGCGAUCGCAGAUCCUGCGGACUCCGUCGCUGGGCCGCGAGGGCGCCCACGACAAGGGCGCGGGCCGUGCCGCCGUCUCAGACGAGCUGCGCCAGUGGUACCAGCGUUCCACCGCCUCGCACAAGGAGCACAGCCGCCUGUCGCACACCAGCUCCACCUCCUCGGACAGCGGCUCGCAGUACAGCACCUCCUCCCAGAGCACCUUCGUGGCGCACAGCAGGGUCACCAGGAUGCCCCAGAUGUGCAAGGCCACGUCAGCUGCCUUACCUCAAAGCCAGAGAAGCUCGACACCGUCAAGUGAAAUUGGAGCCACCCCCCCAAGCAGCCCCCACCACAUCCUAACCUGGCAGACUGGAGAAGCAACAGAAAACUCACCCAUUCUGGAUGGGUCUGAGUCUCCACCUCACCAAAGUACUGAUGAAUAGAGGAGCUACAAUGAUAGCUGUUUCCUGGAUUCCUCCCUCUAUCCAGAACUAGCUGAUGUCCAGUGGUACGGGCAGGAAAAAGCCAAGCCCGGGACCCUCGUGUGAGCCAGCCCGGCCUAAUCUGACCGCCUCAACGCCAUUCUGAGAUCACCUCACUGCCUCUCAUUUGCCUUACCCAGACGCACCGUCACCCUGCACCAGCUUCGGCCCUCAGCACUUUUUUUCUCCUGUCUCCGCAUUCCCUCCCCCUUGAAAACCUGACUGAGGAGACAUUCUGGAAGGUUCCGGUCCCACUGUGUGUCCCCUGGCGCUCUUGCCCAUAGAGAGCCAGACACCAAUCCUCAAUGGCACCUUGGUGGCUUCCCUCUGCCAUGACAGCCCCUAGGCCAGGAACUGUCAGGGGGGCCAGCCGGCAUCCAAUUCCUGCGGAUAAGUAGCGUUGGGAGAGAAUGGGAAAGGGGACUUGAGUUACAGGGUGACCCAGAAAGACGAUUCAGCUCUGUCCAGCCUGCCACCCAUACGUAGGCCAACCAAGCACUUCAUGAAGAGGAGGCCUCGUGGCAUAUUCAGUUUACACCUGAAAUAUUCCUUGAUGGGACAGCUUGUGGGGAUGGCUAUGGGGGAAGGGGAGGUUGAGAAAGGAAGUUCUCGACACCAGAAAUGCAUCGGAGGACCACAAUCAGUUCUAUGCUGCCAAAGAUUACAAAUAAAUAAAAACAUAAAAAAUUCAGAGGGGCCAAGAGGAAGACAUUCUUUCUGCAAGGAAAUUUCUUUUAAAUUGUGAACUGCUACUACACACAAGUGAAAGUCAACCCUAUGUAAACUGGUGUCCUCUCUCUAGCCCUCUCCCUUACUGGCCCACUUCUCUCUCCGUAGAGAGCCUGAAAAACUGCCCCAAUGCCACGGUAAAGGCGAGGAAGUCUUGGCUGGCGUUGCUGACUCACAGUCGCCAUCCAUCUGGACACAAAGAGAGACCUGUGGGAGUCGUAGAGGGUACUGUUAGCCCCGGUCCAUGCAGGGGGUUCAGCCGAGCCCAAGACUCAAAGCUGCUUUCCUUUCAGGAUUUGUAGUAACAUAAGGUGAUAAUGGCCAAAAGUGGUUCUCUCUCAUUAAACCGACCAGUAAAAGCGUAUCCUAUUUUUUUGCACAA